AGGGGCCUUCACGGAGAGACCGGGCUGGGCCGGCGCUCCUUGCGCAUGCGUGCUUCGGGACUAGUGCAGCCAAGAUGGCGCUGGUGGAGCACGUUGUGGCUGAUGCCGGGGCUUUCCUGCGGAACGCGGCUCUGCAGGACAUCGGGAAGAAUAUCUACACCAUCCGCGAUGUGGUGGGCGAGAUCCGGGACAAGGCCACGCGCAGGCGCCUCGCGGUCCUGCCCUACGAGCUGCGCUUCCGGCAGCCCGGCGCCGAGGCCGUGCGGCGCGUGACUGAGUUUUCAAAGAAAACUGGAGACUACCCCAGCCUCUCUGCUACAGAUAUUCAAGUUCUGGCCCUUACCUACCAAUUGGAAGCAGAAUUUGUUGGUGUUUCUCACCUAAAACAAGAACCGGAGAAGGUUAAAGUGAGCUCAUCGAUUCAGCAUCCAGAAACUCCUCUACAUAUUUCUGGCUUCCACUUGCCCUCAAAGCCACAACACUGGCAAGAACCAGUAGAAAAUGGGCACCCCACCAGUGAACCUGAGGAUCUAGAAUACAAUUCCUUCAUGUUCUGGAGGAACCCUUUGCCUAAUAUUGAUCAUGAACUGCAAGAGCUGCUGGUUGACAAAGGUGAAGAUGUUCCAAGUGAAGAGGAGGAAGAGAAUGAAGAAAGGGACAGUGAAGAUAGUGACAAUGAUGGGGGUGGAUGGAUAACCCCCAGUAACAUCAAGCAGGUCCAGCAGGAGCUGGAGCAGUGCACCAUCCCAAAGGACAUACGGGUGGGCUGUGUGACCACAGACUUUGCCAUGCAGAAUGUUCUGCUCCAGAUGGGGCUACACGUGCUGGCUGUGAACGGCAUGCUGAUCCGCGAGGCACGGAGUUACAUCUUGCGCUGCCAUGGCUGUUUCAAAACAACAUCUGACAUGAACCGCGUGUUCUGUUCACAUUGUGGAAACAAGACUCUGAAGAAAGUGUCUGUGACUGUCGGUGAUGAUGGUACCCUGCAUAUGCACUUUUCCCGAAACCCAAAAGUGCUGAACCCUCGAGGCCUACGGUAUUCACUUCCUACUCCCAAAGGUGGCAAAUAUGCCAUCAACCCCCAUCUGACUGAAGAUCAGCGCUUCCCUCAGCUACGACUGUCCCAAAAGGCCAAGCAGAAAACAGACGUGUUUGCCCCUGACUACAUAGCCGGGAUCUCUCCUUUUGCAGAGAAUGACAUCUCUAGCAGGUCGGCUAUCCUGCAGGUUCGAGAUAACACCUUGGGAGCAGGAAGGAGACGGUUAAAUCCCAAUGCUUCUAGAAAAAAAUUUGUGAAGAAGAGGUGAAGUACAAGCUCUUACAUGCAGACUGGAUUGUUCUGCAACUGGAGAACUGGUGCCUCGUUUCCCUAGCUGUGCCAGCUCCAGAACCAUCUAGAAGAUUUUGGAAAUAGGCCUGGUGUUAGCACUGAAUUUAGGGUGUUGGAUGGGUGGUAACACUGGUGUCAUUCCUGUCACUGUAAAGGCAAUCUUGAUGACAGUGAAGUGUUGUGCUCGGGAACAAAUUUUCAACCUUUAAAGAAGACUUCCAGAUGUUCAUAUUUCCUUAGUAUAUGUAUUUGCACACUUCUGUACAUUUUUAGUAAAUAAACCAAAUUGUUGCUGCUUAGAUUAUUUGAAAACAUAUUUGAGGGAUAUAUCCAAGAAUUAAAAUACAGAUUUAUCUUUUGGCAGAAAAUUUAAUAAAUAUUUUAUGAGAAGU